AUGACGUCCGCUCAUCAUUUAAUUCGUGUACAAGGCGGAAUACCACAUCUUAUCACGAAUUCCGGUAAAAUAUGCAUUGAAGUAAAAUCAACGCACGGUCUCCCACAUGUUGAUGGACUCCUACCGCCAUUUAUAGUACCGGUCAAUCAGUUUGCAAAUGUUGGUCCUGACAAAGAGACUUGGGCGAAAGCGAUAUGUUGCAGAAAACCGUCAGUACUGGUCCUAAAAAUGAAGAUUCCAUCUGAAAUGGAUUUGAAGUCGUUCGACCUUACUAGAAAUUUAACGUCAUCACUAAGUGAACUGGUCCGAGAAUCCAUACUACGAGUAAAACGCGGAAAGCGCUCGUUACCAGAACGUUUUCUUCGCGAAUAUCUUGUUAAGGUUCACCGAAUCGAACGCAUUGGAAAUUCCAUGAACGUUAUCUUUUCCCCUGUUCAAACCGAUGUGGAUUCAAAAAUUCUGGAAAACGAUCUUUCCUCACUUGAUCUGAACUAUCUUACUCGUUUCCUUACAUUUCCCGUUUUAUCAGCUGUAGCGCCGGCUAAUACGGACAGUCACCUUAAUUUUAUUGUUCUUGGUAUUCUAUCAUCAUUAUUAUCGAUCGCUUUUCUUUGUAUUCUUUUCCGAUCAAUACUGAAAGAUUUCGCGAAAACGGUACGUUUUCACAUCUACUGGAUUCAUUUCAGGAAAAAGAAAAAUGGUGUGCUCGCAAGUGCAGAUGACGGCAACGGUGAUGGCGGCGAUGACUGUGGCGGUAACGGAAUGGCGGUAUCAGAGAACGACGUCGACAGCGUCGUCGACGGUGAUGGCGAAGACGUUGACGGACGGACACUUUUGCGAUCAACUCGGUUCACAUUACACACAUUGCGCACUGUGUCGAUCGAGAGUUAG